UAUGAAUAAAAUUCAAAUGCACAAUAAUUUGAAAUGGAAUUGAAAUUAAGACUAUUCGUAUUACGUGAAUAUAAAAAAGUAUUGAAAUGAAAAGAGCUUAAAAGUAAAGGCCGACACAUAUAUCAAUAUAAAAAUUGUCUUUUUAUAACACACAAAUGCAUUUUGCUUAAAACUAUAAAUAGGAGUCAUUAAGUUCAUACCAGUAAACCAGUUUUAUGUUCUUAAGAAAAUAUAAUUCGCCAAUAAAUCAUAACCAGCAAUAAUAAUAAAUCAUGCCUUUAGAAGAUUUGAUCAAUGAUUCCAAUUUUGCAUCUGGUUUGUUGUUAAUAAACCAAAUUGAUAAUAAAAAAUUUGUUCGUCUCGUGGAUUGGAUGAUGAAAGACUUCAAUCCCCAUAGACUUCCAUCGUUUACAGACCAUGAACUGGAAUCACUUGAAAAAUCUCUGAAACUAACUUCUGAUCAAGUUCAAGGCUUAUUGGGUUGUUUAAACCAGUUGUUGAAACAAGUAAUAAGCGAUGUAAUCAAACCUGCAAUAUUAAAAGACAUGUUAUCCGAUUUAUUUUCUUUGGAAAUUAAUAAAGUUGAAACGUUUUGUACUUGUUGGGCAGCAAAUGCUCAAGCGAUUGUAACUAGACUUCAACAAAACUAUAAUGAUACAUUAAGGUUAGUCGAUUUUAACUGGGCUUUAAAUAUUUCAUCAAAUGUUAAAAAUGGACUCUCUGAACCAGAGCCUAGAGCUUUAUUAGAACUUAAAGUUGAAGAUCAUCAAACUGCAGGUGGCCAAAAAGUCAAAGAGAUCUAUUUAGACCUUACCGAAGAAGAGCUGCAGAAUUUUUAUAGUAUGUUAGAGAAUAUAAAACUAAAAUUGGAACAAUGCCCACAUAAAGUUUAGUUAUUUUACAAGAAUACAGUUAUAACUUAUAACUAAGUCUUAGUUAAGUUUUAUUUACUAUUAAAUAUAAUUAUUUAAAUUUUGUUUUAUUAUGUAAAUCAAAUACCUUUCUAACAUAAAAUACGUUUAUAUACCUAUUAUUUUAUCUUAAAUAAUAUUUUCAAGUACUCAGUUUAGUUCUAAAAUUUUGAAUUAGAUACACAUGCCAGAUUACA